AAGUGCUUAAAACGUAAAUAACAAGCUCUUUAUAAACAUUAGUUGCAACUCUUAAAACAUGAGACACACAGAACCCACUUCCUGCGACGUGAAGAGAGGGAAACCAACAACUCCAAACCCCAACGCUUCUCCCACCUGGGGAUGCUUUCCCAGGUUUUUAACCCCAAGCUGGGGCUCCCUCCCAGACAAGGCUGAGUCUACAUCACAGCGGAGAAUCCACAUCCCUCAGGUCUGCUCCAGUUUGAGGACAAACCUUGGUGGCUCUCCUGGCCCACACGUGGCCAGGAGGACCAGGCAAGGGGAAAAGAAAUUGGCCCAAGCUGUGGAGAAGCAAGAGCCCAGCUGUGGGCUGGCAGCAGGGCAGAGCACAGCACCCUGCUGCAGCCUCGGGGAACAGCUCAGGAGUGGGAAAACAAACACCAGGAGAAAGGCAAAACCACAGGGGGUGUUAUGGCUGGGCUUGAAACAGAACAGGGAGAGGCUGCUGCUGGCCCAGAACACCCUGGGGGAGUGCUGGGCUCAGCAGAGAGGGGCACAGCCAGGACACGGAGCAGGAACGCUGCUCCUGCCCCUGGGAGCCCAAGGAAAUCGCUAAAUAGCACAUUCAGUCACUGAACACGGAGAUAAAUCCCAGAUGGGCAACUUGAGAACAUUUCCCCAGUUGUCUUCCUCCUCCCCUCCCUCUCUGGGGAAGCAUUUAGGUCCUCAGAACCAUUGCCUUGGGAAGGUGGAGGUUUGACACCAGCACCACAGACCCCACUGCGGGUGCUGUGCUGCCCUUGUGCACAGAACCAAAUCUGAGUGCUGAGGGGGAACCCCAAAUCUUCAGCCCAGAGGGUGGGGAAACACAGAACAGAGACAGGAGCAUCUGUAGGACACCUUUCCCAAGGGAGGGACCUGCUGAACACUGGGGGACAGACACAGAGCAUCCAUCACUGCUCCACACUGGGCAGCACCCAGGGAACCCUGCACACCUGGGCUCUGCCCCUGGGAGGGGCAGGGAUUGCUGCACAUGGGAGAUGGGGGAGCAGGGGUUGCUGGAAAGGCUGGAGAUGGAAGGAGCAGGUACUGCUGGGAAGGCUGGAGAUGAGGGAACAGGUAUUCCUGGAAAGGCUGGAGAUGAGGGAACACCUAUUGCUGCAAGGGCAGGAGGUGAGGGAACAGAACAGCUACUCCUGGAAAGGCAGGAGAUGUGGAAACACCUAUUGCUGGAAAGGCUGAAAGUGAGGGAACAGAACAGGUAUUCGUGGAAAGGCAGGAGAUAUGGAAACACCUAUUGCUGGAAAGGCUGAAAGUGAAGGAACAGAACGGGAAUUGCUGCAAGGGCAGGAGAUAUGGAAACACCCACUGCUGCAAGGGAAGGAGGUGAGGGAACAGAACAGGUAUUGCUAGAAAGGCAAGAGGUGUGGAAGCACCACUGAUGGAAAGGCAGGAGAUGAAGGAAUGGAACAGGAAUUGCUGGAAAGGCUGGAGGUGAGGGAACAGGUAUUGCUGGAAAGGCAGGAGAUGGAAAGAGCAGAUAUUGCUUGGAAAUGGGAGCUAUGGAAGCACCCAUUGCUGGAAAGGCAGGAGGAGAGGGAACAGAACAGGAAUUGCUAGAAAGGCAAGGAAUGCAGAGGCACCUAUUGCUGGAAAGGCAGGAGAGGAGGAACAGGUAUUCCUGGAAAGGCUGGAGAUGGAAAGAGCAGAUAUUGCUCGGAAAUGGGAGAUAUGGAAGCACCCAAUGCUGGAAAGGCAGGAGAGGAGGGAACAGAACAGGUAUUCCUGGAAAGGCUGGAGAUAUGGGAGCACCCAUAUCUCUGGGUGGAAGGGGAGAGGAGGGAAUAGAACAGGAAUUGCUGGAAAGGCUGGAGGUGAGGGAACAGGAAUUGCUGGAAAGGCAGGAGAUGGAAGGAGCAAAUAUUGCUGGAAAGGCAGGAGGUAUGGAAACACCCAUUGCUGCAAGGGCAGGAGGUGAGGGAACAGAACAGGUAUUGCUAGAAAGGCAAGAGGUGUGGAAGCACCUAUUGCUGGAAAAGCAGGAGAUGUCAAAGCACUGCUGCUGGAAAGGCAGGAAAGGAGGGAACAGGUAUUGCUGGGAACAGGAGAUGGGGGAACAGAACAGGUAUUGCUGGAACAGGAGAUGGGGGAACAGAACAGGUAUUGCUGGAACAGGAGAUGGGGGAACAGAACAGGUAUUGCUGGGAACAGAACAGGUAUUGCUGGGAACAGAACAGGUAUUGCUGGAACAGGAGAUGGGGGAACAGAACAGGUAUUGCUGAACAGAACAGGUAUUGCUGGAACAGGAGAUGGGGGAACAGAACAGGUAUUGCUGAACAGAACAAGUAUUGCUGCAAACAGAAGAGGUAUUGCUGCGAACAGGAGAUGUGGAAGCACCUAUUGCUGGCAGGGCUGCACACCUGGUACAGCCUGCUGAGCUCUGAGAGUAACUUUUCAUAUUCAAGUGCAAAACGUUCAGGCUUUGGAGCAAAACAAGGCAGAGCUGACUAAGGCAGAGGGGGCUGAGGGAGGCGGUGAGACACGACUGAGAGGAGGGAGAGGUGGGAGGGAGGGGCCGUGGGAUCCAUACAAACAUUGGCACUUGUGUGGGGAGCACCAAGAGCCGUCCCUGCAGGGGCACGGGGCCAAGAACAGGAUGUUUGUGAGGCUGGCAGCCAGAGAGGGGCCCUGGCUCCCGGGGGAGAUGUUGGCUCUGCAGCUCCCCCGCUACUGCCCGCCUGAGGAACUGCCCUCCCUUUGCCCAGCACUCACUGCCGUGCCCUGCUGCAUUCCCAGUGCCCACAACUCCUCCCUGACUGCUCCCAGGGGCACAGCUGGCACCCAGAGAGGGCUCGGGCUGCCAGGGCACAGGGUCUGACCCUAUGGGCACAGAGGUUCCUGGCACUUUCUGAAACAGGAGAAACGCUUCCCUUGGACACCCCCAUCCCACCCCAGGCACACAGAGGGAGGAGGAGCAGAAACACAGCAGGAGCAGCUGGAGCAGGGCAAACCUCAGGCAUUUCCCAGGAGGAGAGAGGCAGGAAGGAGUGGGAGGUUCAUGGCUGCUGUUCUCCCAGGGAACACAUCCUCCUCCUCCUCCUCCUCAUGCAGAGGUCCAAGGCUUGGACAGGACCAGAGCUCCUUUCCUCCGGACCCAAUUCUGUCUCCAGCUGUAUUUUAGCUUGGAAUACUCAGCCUGCCCUUGCCUGCUGUGUCUGUUCCUGAUCUCUGCCCCCACCUCUCCUGAGGCGCUGUGCAGAACUCCUGGAAGGAGCCAGGGCACCUGCAGAGGGGGUGGGGAGGCUCUGCUCUCCCUGGGUGACAAUUAACUCCCUUUUCUUGGUGAGAAGGAAAACAGAGGAGGAGCCUGCCCCAGGCAGGUUGUGUGGGACUGAGAACUGGGCUGCAGAGCCUUUGUGGGGUAGGAAACUGCUACUGGCCUGUGGCAAAAGGCACCAUUCUUCAAAGGCAUGCUCUACACUGAGGCAAGUAAAGAGAGGAGCAGGGAGGUUUUAAAAGAACACAGUGACUUUGGGAGGUAGAGAAGAGAGAGAAGAUGCCUUUCAUUUUGAAAUCCCACUCCAACUGCCCCUCUGCCUGCACGGGCACCUUCUCCAGCCAAAAUCCUGGCAGGAUGAGGGAGGAAACAUCCUUCCUGUCCCCUUCCACAGUAGCUCCAGUUCAGCCAGGUAAAUCAGGUGUGGAACCCUUUGAAACCUCCAGGCUUCAGCCCAGAAAGAUCUACCAGAGAGUUUUCGCCACCUAGGCUGAAAGAGAAAACUUCCCCAUGGAGCCUCCCAAAACUGAUCCUCCCAGCUUGCCUUCCCCAUUUGUCCCAAAUUCUCGUGGUUUCUCCUUUCCCUGUUUCCUCACUGGCUGUGGUAUCCCUGGUGCCCAUCCCACCUUCCCUGCAGGGCAGGGCAAAGGGCACUGUGCCACCCUGUGCCCUCAGGUCACUGCCUGCUGACCCACACCUAAGAUUAUGCAGAGCACAUGGUCUCCUCUUUUGUCCCUGAUUUCCCUUCAGCCUGCUGGAAUAAACCUCGCUGGAAUUUACUCUACAAAAGGUCCUUCUUGCCUCUCUUGGCUGAGCUAGCUGUGGAGAGUGUGGGGUGUGGACUUGACUGCUUUGCCUGAAUUCCUACCCAAGCAGGGCACUCUUACUCCUUUUCCACAGGACAUGUGUCUCAGGUUGAAAGAUUUAAUUGUGUAUUCUGUUCCCAUCUGUCAGAGGUGGGGCAGUUAUCUUCUGUUAAUUGAGCAGUUUUCUUUAUCUCUUCCACAACCAAUCCUCCCUCUGGGAGCUAUCUUCUGUCAAUGGGCCAUUAAUUAUUAAUUACCUUCUGUCAAUGGGCCAUUGAGACUCACUGAUAAAAUUCCAUCAUCCCAUUGGGAGAUGCUCUGCCCAGGGGGAGGAGCCAAGCAUUCCUACCUGGAUAUAAUCUGAGGAUUGGAACACCACGGCAGCCUUUGCCCACUGCAUUCCCAGAGCAGCAGCUUUCUCCUGCCCUGCAUUCCCAGAGGAACACCAGGCCCAUCUCCAGCAGCCCUGAAGCUCCAGAGGAAAACUCCCCCCUUGCGCAGGAUCCCUGCUCCAGCAGAACCUCCCUUGUUUCCAUUUUCCAUUUCAGAGAAGACUCCUGCCUUCCUCAGCAGACAGCUGGCUCUUCAAACCAAGGCAAGACCCUUCUUGGGAAUUAGGUAGCAGCUUCUACUCUGCUCCCAAGGGGUGCCCAGCGCGAGGUGAGCGCCGGGGAUCAGGAGAAGCCGCGGCCAUGUCGGAACGGAAAGUGCUGAACAAAUAUUACCCCCCUGACUUCGACCCUGCCAAGAUCCCGAAGCUGCGGCUCCCGAAGGACCGGCAGUACGUGGUGAGGCUCAUGGCCCCCUUCAACAUGAGGUGCAGGACCUGCGGGGAGUACAUCUACAAGGGCAGGAAGUUCAACGCCCGCAAGGAGACGGUGCAGAACGAGUCCUACCUGGGGCUGCCCAUCUUCCGCUUCUACAUCAAGUGCCCGCGCUGCCUGGCUGAGAUCACCUUCAAGACAGACCCCCAGAACACGGACUACGCCAUGGAGCACGGCGCCACCAGGAACUUCCAGGCAGAGAAGCUCCUGGAGGAGGAGGAGAGGAGGAUGCAGAAGGAGAGGGAAGAGGAGGAGCUCAACAAUCCCAUGAAGGUCCUGGAGAACCGAACCAAGGACUCCAAGCUGGAGAUGGAGGUCCUGGAGAACCUGCAGGAGCUGAAGGAGCUCAACCAGCGCCAGGCCAAUGUGGAUUUUGAGGCCAUGCUGAAGCAGCACAAGGAGCUGGAGGAGGAGCAGAGGCGCAAGGAGCAGGAGGAGGAUGAGCAGGAGAUGAAGGCCAUGUUGGAACAGGCCCAGAACCGCCGGCUCCUGGUGGAUUCUGACUCUGACGAGGAACCAGCGAAACGUCGUCCAAAUCCCACAACCCAAACAAAACCCACGGACAUCCUGCAGGAGGACCCCCGGAGCAAGAGGCCGAGGAUGGAGAGGCGGGAACACAGCAUGGGCAAGCUCAGCACCAAGGCCCAGCUGGCCGGGCUGGUGGCCCGCAGGAAGCAGAAGCCAGAUCCUGCCCUGGAUAAGGGGAUGGAAACCCGAGGCACCACGGCCACCACCGGCUCGCUCCCAGCAGCAGCAGCAGCAGCUACGGCCUCGCUGGGUUUGCUGGGAGCCUACUCAGACAGCGACUGAGGAGCCAGCAGGGUGGGGACAGAGCAGGGACAGAGCAGGGACGGGCUGUCCCUACUCCCCACACAAAGCAGAUCCCACCUUUGCACAGACUGGGGGUUCCUCCAGCCCCUCACUGAGGGGACAGGGCUGUCCUGCCACCAGCAGCCCCCCUAGAUGUCCCCAGGAACUCGGGGAAAAAUCCCUCCCCACUGUUCCGUGCCUGCUAGGCUCUAGCAGCCACAACUCUGGGAUCUGGCAGAAAAAAAAACCCAAAAAACCAAACCAAACAAACAAAAAAAACCCCCAACAAAAAAAUACCCACAAAAAAAAAAAAAAAAAAAAAAAACCAACAAACAAACAAACAAAAAAACCCAGUGGCUUUUCCACAGGAGAUGCUUCUUGGGCAUUAGGCAGCAGCUUCCACCAUCUACACCCCACGCUGCUACAAAUUGGCACCCUGACCAUGGGGCUUCUCAUUAGCCCUUUGAAAGCAUCCCCACUGGCCAGCCACUGGAUUUUGAGCUGCAGCCAAGUGCUCUAGUUCCCCCAGGGAAAAACCCCAAUUUUCUGGGGAUCAGGGGCCAACUGACAACCCUCAAGACCACAAGGGCUGGUCGACUCAGUGAAACUCCUGCAAGAUCUUUCUUUUGAGCAGUUUCAUCCCUCUUUUCCCACAAUCUCAGAGCAUCCAGGCCCAGAGAAACCAUCUGUGACAACAGUGACUAUGAGGAAGGGGCUGACUCUGCCAGGCCUACCAACACGUCCAGGCAGGGACACAGAGCAUGCUGCUGAGAGCCCUUUCUGUUGAAUCUGAGGAUGAAGUGAUUUGCUGAACCCAGCUGGUAAACCUGGACCUCCUGAUGGGCCUGAAGAUGUUUUAAUCAUAGGACACACUGUUAAUGAGUUACAUGUGCUCCCAGAAGUCCAGACUGUGGGGCCAGUGGAGGAGAUCACUGUCAUAUGUAUAGAUCCACCCUGGUGUCUGACUAAGGGCACACCUAUACCCAAGCUUUUCUUGUACCCACCUGGACUGAUGUUUUGCCAGAAAAUUCUGUGGUUUUUGGUCAGAGAUGCUAGGCCAAAACAGACCUCUUAGAGAGUGUGGCUUGUCUAACAAAGGUAUCAAAGCUUCUAUUCCAGGUGUGGCUGACACUAGGUCGGAUGUCAGCAUCACUGCUCACUCCAAGUGGCCACAGGGCUGGGAACUGCUGCCAGCCACUGGAGUCAUCUCUGGGACUGGCGCAGCUGCCACCUCUAUGCAGAGUAAAAGGUCAAUCCUUACAGAAGGUCCUGAGGUCAAACUGCCACAGGAAGGCCUUUUGUGGUCAAGGCACCUGUCAUUGUGUGGGGCAGAGACAAUGGGGAGCCAGGCUGGAAAUCCCUUCACACGCACAGGAUUUCCAGCUGGGGCCACUGCAGAGCACCCCACCUCACCACUCUCAUGAAGUCAGAGGGUCCCAUCUGGGUGGGACAGCGGCCCCUGGUAGAAGUCAAACCAAGGCACUUGAAUCCCUAGUGCAGGAGCAGCUAUCUAGGGGCCACACAGCACCAUCCACUAGCCCUUGAACCCCCCUGUCUUUGUCAUUUGCAAACAGGGCAAAGACAGGUGGAGGCUCCUGCAAGACCUCAGGAAGGUCCACGAGGUCAUUGUUACAGCCUGGCCUGCCCUCACCUUCAAUGCUCCUGAGACUGGAAACUGGCAGUCACUAAUAUUAAGGAUUGGUUUUUUAAUAUCCCACUCUAAGAUUUGUAUUUUUGGUGCCAUCAGUUAACAAACAAGCCCCUCUAAAAAGAUACCCAUGGGAAGUUCUUCCUCAAGGGAUGAAACAGUCAUGAGCCAUCUGCCAAACGUUUGCUGCCCAUUCUCUUGCCCAUUCAGGAAAAAUUUCCUUGAUGCCAUAAUUUUUCACUGUAUGGAUGAUAGCCUUACGUGCACUGAGACUGACUACUGGAGACUGUUCUCAAACAGAUUAUCCAAGCCAUUGAAGGAGCAGGAUUUGACAUUGCUCCAGAGAAGAUUCCGUGCACCUGCCCGUGGACCUACCUUGGACUCUGGAUCAGCGAGUGGACCACGAUGCCCCAGCAGCUCACCAUCAGGACAACCCAAGAACCCUGAGGGACCUUCACCAGCUCUGCGGGAGCAUCAGCUGGGUUUGUACACUGCUAGGGAUCAUGACCAAGGACUUGUCACCCCUUUCAAUCCCCUGAGAGGCCCUGAUGGCCUCAGCUCCCCAGGAGCAAUCACACCAGGGCCCGUGAAGUGACCAGCAGGUACCAGAAGCAUUGUCCACGAGACAAGCCCACUGCAUUGAUCCUGCCUUUGCAAUUUGUCACCCUGGGUGAGUCACCCAAGUCCAUGGGCUCAUUCUCCAGUGGGACCCCACUCUGAGAGACAGCUCCUAAUCACAGAGUGGGUGUUUCAAUCACACAAACCAAGUCAGACCAUCUCAACCCCUCAGCAGCUUACGGCCCAGAUAAUCGUGAAGGCCAGAGCUCGCCUCAGGACCCUGUGGGGUGUGAAUUCACAGGCAUCUGGCUUCCAGUGACAUUAAACAGUCUGGAACCUCUGCUCCAAACCAGUGAACACCUCCAGUUCACUCUGGACAGCCAGCCAGGCCAAUCUCCAUCCACCCACCAAAACAUAAACUAUUUAAUGCUUGCUUCAUUUUUGGUCCCAAAUUCAUUACAAAGUAUUACUUCUCUAAAGGCAUAGACUGUAUUUACUGCUGGUUCAGGGGGAUCCCACACCUCAGUUAUGAUGUGGAAGAAUCCUGACACUCAAGAGUGGGAGUCUGAUGUUCAGAUUGUUUGAGGAUCCCCACAAAUUGCAGAAUUAGCAGCUGUUGUCAGAGCCUUUGAGAAAUUCAAACAGCCCUUAAAUUUAGUUACUGAUUUGGCCUAUGUUGCUGGAAUAGCUGAAAGAGCAGAACAUUCCUUGCUAAAGGAAGUGCCAAAUCCAGAUUUCUACAGCUUGCUCUCAAAUUAAACACACCUCCUCUCCCACCAUAUCACAUUAUGCAUGCGAGGUCACACACUGGCCUCCCAGGACCAGUCACAGAAGGCAACUGGAGGGCAGAUAUUUUAGCCAUGGCAGUGCAGACCACCCUACCAGACAUUUUUAAUCAGGCUAAAUUGAGCCAUCAGUUUUUCCACCAAAAUGUGUCAGCCCUUGCCCAGAUGUUUAAAAUUACAAGAGAAGAGGCAAGAGCAAUCAUGGGCUCCUACCCCAACUGUUUGCUUUGCCCUCUCUGAGGGCCAGGGUUAACCCCACAGGCCUUGAAAGUUUACAGCUCUGGCAAACAGAUGUCACACAUUAUGCACCUUUUGGGAGAUAAAAAUACAAUAAUGUGUCCAUAGAAAUGCUCUCUGGGGCAGUAUUUGCAUCAGCCCAUGCAGGAGAAAAGACAAAAGAUGUCAUCCAACAUCUUCUCCUACCAUUUUCCACCCUAGGCAUUCUCCAAACAGAUAAUGGUCCUGCUUACACCUCCAAAAAUUUCAAACAGCUCCUAGAUCAGUGGGGGGUGAAACACACCACUGGCAUUCCCCAGUCCCCAAAGGGGUAAUCCAUUGUGGAGAGGGCUCACUGCACACUCAGGAGAGUCCUUGAUCAGCAGCACGGGGGAGUUGAAACACUACUGAAUGUAUAAAGAUUAUGUAAGGCUCUUUAUGUCAUCAAUUUUCUUAAUAAUUCCUUUAUAGAGCCAAAUCCCCCACUGUCAGGCAGUUCUCCAAACAUCCCAGCUCACUGAGAAACUGUGCUGAGCACAGAUCCCAGCUCACUGAGAAACCCCCUGUGCUGAUCAAAGACCCCCAAUCCAUUUCCAUUAAUUACUUGGGGGAGAGUUGAUGCUUGCACGUCCACAGGAUCUGGCCAAGGUGGAUUCCAGGCAGGAAUGUCAAGCUGUACAUCCAACUGCCAAUUGCAGCACCAGAGGCACUCCUCCUGGACCUCAGAGACAGCAGAGAUCAAGCUCAGGAGGUGUGGAGGAGAGAAGGAAGGAGUGUAAACACAGAUGUUUGUCACAGAAGAUGACUCUGCACUGCUCCAGAAGAUGAUAAGACUCUGUUCAGUUUCAUUUGCUCAUUGUUUGCACUGUCACCCCUCCUUGGUUGGUUUUUCUGCUUCUCCUCUUUAGUUUGUUGCACUGUUAUCCCCUAUUGUUUUCCCUCCUCUUUUCUACUCAGUAAAAGCUGAGGGGCUCAGAUGGGAAGAUAUGAGGGGCUGGUAAAGCCAUACAAGUCCAAAAAUCCAUUUUUUCAGACUCACAGAUCAACUCAUCACCCCCAAGCAUCCUGCCAUGUCUCCAGUGGCAGGGAAUCCCCAACUGUUCCAGACAGGAUUCUGGAUGCUCCUCACCUUUCCAUCAGCUGGUUCAUGGAUUGUCCCUCAGCCCAGUGAGAACAUCUGGGUCACAGUGGCCAAGACUUCACAGCAGGACAAUCUCUGCCUGUCCAUGGGCAGCGUGGACAGCCCUCUGUCAAUGUGCCUGGUGGGGGCUCCUUCAGCAGCAAACGAAUUCCCAACCACAGACAAGAAACCCAAUCUGG